AUGGCGUCUACACACGUAUCGAUGUCCAGCUGGGCGAAAAGGCUGCAAAGUGUUUCCGGCGAUGAUUUUAAGAUCUUACUCAAGGCUAUAGCGUCACCUGUUUACGUUGACGAAACUGUAGUCAAGACGGAACUGGCGUUGUUGAACACCAACAUACUCAAGUUGCUGAGAUCUUCAGAGUACGAGCAAGUUUGGAAAGGAUGCCACGCAGUUGCUGUGGUUUGCUCCUACAACCCACUGGUGCUAGUCACUUACAGCGGGCAAAUGCUUGUCGCGCUGAACUCUAAGUUGGAUCAGCUGGUCGGCUAUUUCCCUAACAUCACGGUAACCUUGAAAUUGAGAACGCUGCUAGAGACGCUUGUGUCUACGAUGAGUUGCAUCAUUGAUUUGAUGAGAUCGAAGGCGACUCUGUCCCGUGAAUCGCUCGUUCCAGCUUUGAAAGUGAUCAUUCCAGUGCUAAUCAAAUUGACGCCAUGGGAACCCAAAUUAACUUUGAAAGUGCUAAAGAACAUCCUUUCAAAGCACACCAACACGUUCAAGCCGUUUGCAACGAAGUACACAGUAGUGCUGGGCGAACUGAUUGAGCGUGACUACACCGCUAUGGAUAAGGCUACUCGGAAACUAGUAUGUGAUAAUUUUGCCUAUUUGCAUUUGAUCAAAGUCCAACCAAAGGAGGUCAAUGCGAAUGAAAGCCAUAAUAAGCCUUUCCCAGAUGCUACUUGGAGACAAGGUAUUCUAUCUGUGAUCUCCGAAUUCAAGUCGAUUGUGGAGCUAUUCCCUGAAUUUCUGGAUUUUGAACAGGACAGUAACUUGAAGCAACGGAUCCAAAGCCUCCCCACGCCAGCUGGCAAGGAGAAGGAUUUGCCCUUUUUGAAAAGCUUGAGCUUGGAUAUGAACGAACCAUUCACUCUAUACCAGAUUCAGGAACGGAUGUCUUUGUUGGCUGACCUAUUGAUUGCGUUCAUGUCAAACCCAACACCGUUCCCUAUUCGUGUCCCCAUGGGUGCAAUCCAUGCAGUAUCUGAAGUUGUGAUGAGCAUCACAACCAAGUACUUGCCCAUUAAGCGCGAGUUGCGUCGUGAUGGCGAUCUCUCGUGCAUCAUCGAUGCGAUUAUCCCACAGGUCCAAUUCCAAAGUAUCCGUCUGUGGACCACGAUGGUUCGGUCCUUUGGCAAAUGUUGUCUGUCCAUCACCCCGGAGAUCUUGGCUUCCUUAGAAUAUUUUAUCCCAGUUAAGCCUAAGACCAACCAAAUCGAUUUUGACCAGUGUAAUGAGAUCAGAUUUGAGUUUCAAAGUGCGUUCCAAUUGAUUAACUUGCUGUUGGAGCACAUGGGCCACCAAUUUAGCGAAGUGGACCCGAUUAAUAAGUUCAUCGACGUUGCGCUGCAUUUGUCUGAGGACACUUUCCUGCUGAACCUACAGCCGCAGUUGACCAAUACUAAGAACGAUGUCAAGGGUAGCGCUGGGAACAGUGUCAAGAAGAACAAGAGGGAUAGUGGCAAGUCUGGUGCCGUCACAGACCUGUACACGAACCCAGAGCAGUUUAAGUCUGCAAAGACACUACACUGGAUGGACGACAUCAACAGGUUCCUGACUUUUGUCGUGAGCAACUGGCAACUGGCGUCUAAUGAGCAGAUCCGUGUGACGCGGUACGUUGUCUCGAAAGCGCUGAGUUGUCAAACACGGUUAGGGUACAUCCCCAAAUCGUUCAAGGAACUAUUGAGGUGUGUAGUGAUCCAUCCCAACAUGGAGAAUGCGUCCGUCCUGCCCAUCGUGGUAAGUCUUCUGAAGGACAGUAGUGAUGACGUUUUCGACAUGCUGUGUCACCCAAGGUUGCCCCUGGGCAUCGUCCAUGCCGUGCGAGGCAAGACACCGGUGCUCGAAGAGGACGUCCGUGUCGCGCAUCCAGCACCUGUGGAUGAGCACAAAGUGGCGGACUUACGUGUGGAAAGUGAUGCCCCUGUGCCAUCGGUCCCAAUGGAAUUGAACGUGAGACCUCGGUCAAGUGAGGAUAACGUUGAUAAGACGAACGUAUUCCAGAAGAGAACCGUCGCAGAGGUGGCGAAGGUGGACGAGGAAAUGCCCCAAAAGCGUGUUAAGAUCAACGAUUCAGUAGAGGAGUUUGAAUUUGACAAGAACGUUCCUGUGCAUGUUGUCACGGAGUCGAGUGAAGAAGUUGUAGAGGCUGACGCUGCUGAAGGAGAGCAGGAUGACGACGACGAUGACGACGACGACGAGUUUAUCAUUCCUGAGAUCGAACUAAGCGAUGCCGACGACGAAGAGUGA